GAUGGCGGCGGUGGCGGCUGCGCUCCGGGGCUGGGCGGCGGCGGCGGCGCGGGCGGACGCGGCGGGACGAGCGGCCCUGUCCGCCUGGGCCCCGCUGCUGGGCGCGCUGGGCGCGCUGGCAGCGCAGAUGCGGGCGGCGCGGCGGCUGCCGUGGGACGCGGCGCCGCUCGGCGCCUUCCCGGAGCUGCGGGCGCGGCUGUGGCGGAAGCAGCGCGGCGCGGCCGAGGCGCUGCUGGAGCAGCUCGGCGGGCGGCGGGCGGAGCUCCGGGAGGUGCGGGACGCCGCGGGCGCCGCCGCGGGCGCCGUGCUGCGGGUGUACGAGGAGCGGGCGGCCGAGCUGGGGCCGGAGGGGGCCCUGCGGCGCGGGCCGCGCUGCCCCUCGCUGGCCGACGUGCUGGAGGGGCUGCAGGACGUGGAGCGCUACUACCGGCACCUGUAUCCUGCUGAGGGGGCUCUGGGCAACGCCGGGGGGGUGCUCUCUCGUUGUUGUCCUUACCGGGCACGAAGGUACCUGGACAGCAAACUGCUCCUGCAGCGCCUCAGCUGUGACAGCCUGGCAGACAUGGAAGCCCUCCUGCAGUCCUGGGAGAGGAUUUUGGAGCACCACAAGGAAGACAUUGUUCAAGAUACACUCCUGAAGGUCUCGCUGUUUGUGGAGAACCAUCAAGAGCUGCUCUGCUCACCUAUCUCCUGACAGAGCAGCAGGGACUGACACUGACCAGCUUCUGCCAGCCUGGUGUGUUCUGGAAUGCUGCAAAGGGGACGAGGAAUUGAAGGAGCUCUACUGGUGCUUUCUGGAAGCAGAAUGACUUGAUUCUUGGCCUCAGCAGGAAAUGCUUGGACUGUCCUGUUUUCAAGUUGAAAUGGACUUGGUGUCCGAAGAAGAGGCUGAGCUGAACAAACCAUGAGGAUAGAAGGGAGUUACUUCCAGCUGUGGAACUUUCCUUUUGUUCUCCUGCGGCAGAUGUUUUGUAUCACGGAAAAAAUGCUGAGACUUACUGACAUGAGGUGCUGCAGAUGCACAAGUGUAACACAGAUUCCCUCAGGCUGAUGCCAUGUAAGAAAGAUGUUUGAGUUCUGUCCUUACAAAUAAAGAAAAGCUCUCAGAUCAGGGCUUACAAACACUGGGCACCAUGUGCCUCUGAGCAGUAUGUUUGUGUUCAUCCCACUUGGGCAUGGAGGAGGAGGGAGCAAAUCUGGCUUGAAAAUGUAAUUGUGGAGGUGCACGGAUGCCUGAGUUCUGACACGGGCAGUUUUCAAGGGUGUCAGAGUACACUACUCUGAUACAUCUGCCAGGGCCCACUGAAAUCAGUCUUAAAACUUCAUUGUCUGGUGGCAGCAGCUGCUGACACUGUAGGGACAUCUUUUGUUGACCGUAGCACUGAUCCUCUCAUUCCCGGGAAGCCGUGGGAUGUUUCUCUCUAAAUAACGUAUUUGGUAAGAAACAGGAGUUUCUCCUGCAAAGGCAAUAAAGAAUUGCGUUGGACA